UUCUGUCACCGCCUCGAUUCAUAAAGAAAACUUUUUUUUAAAUUUUUGUUGUUUUAUUCCCAAUAGAUGUAAUGACAUGAGCUGGAAUGUGUUUAAUCGUUACCAGUUUGCUCUGUCCUAAAACAUCUCUGUCGCGUUUCUCUCCUCUUUGUUCUUUUUCUCUCGACUGUCUUGAGAACACCUUUUUCAUUGGUUCCCCAUUUCUUGAACUCCACUGCUCCGAACACACGGAAACUUUUAUUGUUGAACGUUCAAUAUAUUUUCUCCCGACGCCUCUGAAAGCUGAUUUUCUCCCAACAGGAGAGGUGUUGAGUUUCCCGACAGAACAUAAACGAACAGCAGAACAGCAGUAGAUUGUCUUGUUGUUUGCAUUCAGACUUUAUUGAACCCCGGUUUCCACAAUGGACCCAAUUUAACUCCGAGCAACCGAGGGGGCGUCGGCAAGACUCGAACCGAACAGCCAUGGCAGAGCUAACUCAUAUGAUAGACAGCGAGGUGUUCCUGGCCUUCUCUACCUACGCCACUAUCGUCGUCCUCAAGAUGAUGCUGAUGUCUCCCAUGACUGCAUACUUCCGCUUCACGAGAAAGUGUUUUGCCAACAUGGAAGACACAGGGAUGGCUAAGACUCCAGAGGACAAGAAGAGGAUGCUGAGAGUUGACCCGGAUGUGGAACGUGUGAGAAGAUGCCACCAGAACGACCUGGAGAACAUCAUUCCGUUCGUAGUGAUUGGUCUGCUGUAUACCCUGACGGGGCCCGACCUCUCCACUGCUCUGCUCCACUUCCGGGUGUUUGUUGUUUCCAGGCUCUUCCACACGGUGGCCUACGUCCUCCCCCUGCCCCAACCCAGCAGAGGUCUAGCUUGGAUGGUUGGCAUGGGCGCUACCUUCUCCAUGGCAUACAGAGUGCUAAGCACCACGCAUCUCUGAAGAGGCGAUCAAUCAAUUAAUAAUUAAUCAGAUUGAUUGAUUCAAAGUUUUCAGAUGGCCUAAAAUAGUCCUCGGGACACUCUACCUCUGAGGAGACACUCAUACAUUUAUCAGACCUGGGUCCAAUAGGCUACAUCAUGUUAAAUACAUUUUACAGUGCUUGAUUGUACUUGGAGUUUGCACUUCUGGGACUAUUCUAUUGGUUAUGUUGUAUCAGACAGACUAACUAUACAUUCUCUGCACGUUUUGUUUUUAAAUCAGCACUGAAUUUGAGCAAUUUUUUUUUAUAAUAUCAGAAAAAAAUAAUUGAACUAAACGUCAAUCUAUUUCACGGAAGGUCAGUGCUCGAGCGCAGUAGACAUACAUUCGGAAACUCCAUUUAACAUUUAAGUGCGCUAGAGCGCUGACCUUAGGCGAUACGGAUUCAAUGGAGCGCUAAACUAAAAUCAAGUGUCGUUCAGUAUCCGACACCGCAUGUAUCUGCCUAUUUUUACCCACAUCAAAUCACCAGUUUAUUGGUCGCGUACACAGAUUUGCAGAUGUUAUCGCAUGUGCUGUAAAAUGAUAGUGUUUCUAGGUCCAAUUAGUGCAGUCAUACCGAGCAAUGCACUAAAAUAAAUAAAACAUACACACAUGACCCGGUCUGUCUGGUUGUCUGACUGACUGCAAACACCUAUUUUAUAUCUUAGACCUUUUUUUGCAUCUGAUGUGAUAAUCUAAUUUUUAUAAAUGAUUAAAUUCAGGUUUUGGGAAUUAAAGUUGAAUUAAAAAUGUGUGUGUGUGGGGGGGGUUAUUGUUUGAUUUUAAUUGAAAUAGGGCCUAUGAAGUAGGCUACAAAUACCAAAGAUAUUUUGCUAAUUGGCUAAUGAAUAUGACCUUACACUUGAUCUAAUUCUGUAUUUUUUUUAAAUUCUGUAUAUUUUUUUAGAUCUGCAUAUCAUCUGAUAUGUUUACUAGGCCACAUAUAUGUAAUGCUACUGAUUGGUUUGUUUUGUUCGUUCCAUUUUCUAAGCCAAUCAGAGAUUGUCCCUUUUUUAACGCUUUCCACCUGUAAAUAAACGAACGAUCUCUAGAA